AUGUAUCUAAACUUUCCCUGCCUUCUGCGAGCGCUAGCGCCCCGCACCCGCACUCUAGGGCAUGAAACAUGGCACGAAGAUAUUGGCAUAUUAGGGUCGCCUUCUGAGAAUAGUUUAACUUAUUACGUUUCCAGGGAGGUAGAGAGGAACCCCCAAGAUCUGCACCCUGUGUUGGGUGAAUUCGAGCGCCUCAUUGAAACCAAUCCACGUAUAUAUAUGCUCCUCCAGUCCAUGCUCCAGGAAGCCCAGGAAUAUAGGCUUGACAUAGAGCAAAAUGUGGAGAUUCAUGACUGCCAUAAGUUGCUACGAGUCCUCAACCACAUCAUUACGCAUGCACCUCCUUGGACUGAUGACCAUCCCGGUGUGCCGGUGCUUGUCCUCCUUAAAUCCUCUAUGCCAACAGUUAGUGGCUACGCAUUUUUCCAGGAUCCUGAGGUGAACAAGCUCAUCAAGAAGACUCUGAGUGCGUGGGCUGAUUUCCUGUCUUCACCGGAAUCGGCUUGUGUGCUCAAUACUUCUACAGCUGGUUGGUUCAGCACCAGGGCCCUUUGGAGGUUGACUGACACGGCAAACAUCGGCGGCGAUGGCUUUGAAUUCGAGGAGCUGUAUAUCUGUAAUCCCGAUGCUCCACACUAUGGCUUCAAGUCUUGGGAUGAUUUUUUCACUCGCAAAUUCAGAGAGGGUAUUCGACCAGUUGCCUUUCCAGAUGAUGAUAGUGUCAUCGUCAACCCUUGCGAGUCGCAGCCCUUUGCUGUUGCGAGGCAGGUCAAAGCCCGUGACUCAUUCUGGAUUAAAGGAAAGACGUACUCGUUGUCUGAUAUGCUUGGAGAUACUUUUGUAGCGCGCUUCCUUGAUGGGACGGUCUACCAAGGAAAGAUUGUUAAGUCUUACGUACUGGAUGGCACGUAUUCUUCCACCCCGGAGGCUUUGAAUGUCAACCCUCCGAAUAAGGGUCCCGGAAAUGAGAUCCCUUACCAAGGAUACCUAGCGGCCAUGGCAACACGCGCUGUGAUACUUAUUGAAGCAGAGAACUCAGAAAUUGGACUGAUGGCAUUUCUAGCCAUUGGCAUGGCUGAGAUAUCAACUUGUGAGAUCUCUGUGUGCGAAGGAGAUUAUUUGAAAAAGGGUGAUGAGCUCGGUAUGUUCCAUUACGGGGGCUCCUCGCAUUGUUUGAUCUUCCAAAAGGGUGUCAAUGUCACGGGGUUUCCUGAAGUUGGAGGGGAAAAGAAUAUACCCGUUCGAGGUCAGUUGGCAAUUGUGACGCCAAUGGAGAUGGAUGGUUUCCAAGUUGUAUAA